AUGUCCACCCUACUACGGAAGGUCAGAUCUACCAUUAACGCCGCAGCAUGGGAUCCACGCAACGACGCAGACUCGCCUGGCAGGUUCGUAAGGAGCCGACUGCAGAAAGCGCAGCCUGAGUGGCCUCCUGAGACAUUUCCCCAACAAGCUUUGGACCCGAACAAUCUUUCUGUACGUCAGAACCAAAUCGAGCACCACGAGCACCCAUUCACCGAGUUUCGGAGACGACUUGCUAGAAAGGCUUCGACGUUCAGCCUACGGACGAAACGUUGGAAAGCAGAGCUUCGGGAACGAGAACAGGAGGAAGAAAAGAAGUUCGAGGACCUCGGGGACGGACUUGCUCACCAGAGGCAAAACGACACUGUCAGGUUGAGGAAACAAGACUUUGUCACGGUCUCCCUCAGCGCCACAGGUACAGGGCUAGAGACCGGCCUACAGAGUGGAAGCGACUAUCUUUCACAACUUACCUCUAACGUUGAGUUUCCUCCUGUACGUUGUUCAACUAGAGUCGGAACCGAGCAAGAAAAGGCAACACCAGUCACUACAUCCGAGGAUCUCCUGAUCUCCCCGUCUCUGCAAGACUUCAUCCGCAAGGAGCAGGAAGGUUAUAUUUGCCUAAAUCAAGCCGGCGGCAAGAUCUCGGCAAAAAUGGCGUCUGAGCAUACCGCUGCACCGCCUGUACCAUAUACCCGGCUCAAGGAGAUAACAGAAAGUGCGUGCGACGCAGCUCUUGCCGGUGUCAAAGCAUAUUCACAUCCAGAGACAGAGUCAUGGAAUACGACCAUCAUAAACAGCAUUCUGGGUGCCUUAGUGGAGGAGACCACUCAGAAAUCUGCCACGGCAUCGACCCCCGGUCAACCUCAAUUCAAGUAUGUCGUCAACAGCACAAUCAUACAGCACGCGGCUACUCCGUCAUCGCCCAGCGAUGAAACCAAGAAGACAAGUGGCCGACGAGGAAUGCAUGCGGCCAGCGGCGCGUAUUGGAACAACGAGAAGGAUGGCAUGUGGAGUUACAAAUAUCCCGGUGCGGACAGCAAAGGCUUGGAUGUGGUUAUUGGCAUCAUCUGGGUCUGGGUCGGAUAA